GUAUACGUACGUCCGCGCGCGUCCAGGGUUGGAGCAUAUGACCGGACUGCCCCCGCGCACCGCACCACAACCACGACGUCCUCGCUUUUGCGUUGCGCUCCGGCCGUAACAAAAACAAACGCGAGCGAGACCCCUGCCUGCCUCAAGACCUCCUCCGCCCCGCCUCCCACCCCUCCCCUCGUCCACGCCGAGGGAGCCGUCGGGCAUGGCGGCGACGGCAGAUCCGCGGGCGAAGCCGCCGGUCGCGCCCUCCACGCACCACCUAGAGCCGUGGGCGCGCCCGCAGCAGCCGCCUCGACCCCACCGCGUGCCCGCUGUCGAGUCGCCCUCGGGGGCAGCGUCGGGCGGCCGCGAUCGCCGCCGCCCGUCGUCCGAGUCCCACCGCAGGGACGCCGCCGGCGACGACGACGACGACGGGAUCGAGGGGCUCCGGGUCAAGCUCAUGGGCCACCUGCGCGACGCGGCCGACCGGCUUCGCGUGCCCAAGAAAAGUCCUCCCCUGCCCCCACCGCCGAAGGCGAAGGAGCCCGAGCCAGACCGCAUGGCGCCGCCGCCGGAGCAGCAGCCGCCGCAGGAGAACGUGGCGGACAAGCCGUGGAAGCUACGGGAGCGCACGCGGCGGCGGCCGGCCGCGCUGUCGUCGUCAUGGCCGGCGGCGCCGCCACCGCCGUCGAGGCGGCGCAAGCGGGCCCCGUUCUCCGUUGCCCUGUCGACGGAGGAGAUCGAGGAGGACAUCUACGCGCUGACGGGCGGCCGGCCGCGGCGGCGGCCGAGGAAGCGGCCGCGCGCCGUACAGCGGCAGCUCGAUUCGCUCUUCCCCGGGCUCUGGCUGGCCGAGGUCACCGCCGACGACUACAAGGUGCCCGACGACGAGUAAGCCGACGGCGACGUGCCGGCGGGUUCCGAGGAAGCUCGGAGCGUCACCUCCCCGCGUCGCAGGACAAGGUAGCCCGAAGAACUUAUAGUAACUCGUAAGCUAGGCGUAGACGCGUGGUCGGUCGCGCGCGUCGAGCGAGCCGGUCAUGUAUUGUACUCGUGUUCACCAGUUAAGUUUACAUUACUAGAGUAGGAAAAAAAAACUCUAGCUGCCGACUUUCCUUGUCACAUGCUGUUUCUGCUUCGCCGUCUGUACAGUCGCGUGGUCGUACAAUCUACUGCACUGCUAGCAGUACUUGCCAAUUUAUACGACUACUUAAUUUUUUUGAA